AUGCGUUUGUCAGUUGUCUCUUCCAUCCUUCCCUUCGUGGCGUCCGUCGGAGCGCUCACGGUGACGGAGCCGAAAGAGUUCGCCGAAGUUGAUCCCUCCAACUCAUUCAAGGUGAAAUGGACGUCCGUCGACACUGACGCCUCCCAUUUUGACCUGUACCUGGUCAACAACGCUGUGUACCCACCUGUUGAAAAGAAGCUGGCAUCUGAUGUUGACACUUCGGAUGGCUCCUAUACUGUGGAUGGUAUCUCUGGUCUCUCCAACGGAGGUGGCUAUCAGAUCAACCUCUUGGCCAACGAUGGGCACAACACGGGUAUUCUGGCCCAGUCGGAGCAGUUUAAUGUGACUGGUAGUUCCUCGAGCUCGUCGACAACGUUAGCCACCUCUUCGAAAUCGACUACGUCCACCUCGACUGCCAAGUCCACUACAGAUACGACGACCACGACGUCCAGCGGCACUUCCACCGCGACUAGCACCUCGACCUCUACCGGCUCCCUGGCCAAGUCCACUGGGGCGUCGCAUACCACUGGUGGCUCUGGUGCCUCUAUCAGCGGGACUGGUGCUGCGGAUGUCAACAACACCAAUGCUGCUGGCUCUCUUAGCUCGCCUAUGCUGGCUGUCGCCGGUGUCAUGGCUGGUGUGUUUGCGUGGGCUCUGUAG